UGAUGGCAGUGCGAUGUAUAACUUGGAUUGGUUCUCUGGCUCGAUCUCUAGCCAUGUUGGAAGGACCAGGACAGGUACGAGUCUGCCACAGUGGCACAACUGCUGCAAGAGACACACUAUUUCCAGGGAGCAGCUCCACUGUCAGGCCCUUCAAUGAGAUCCCUGGAACGUGGAAAAACAGCAUAGGGAACCUCUACACCUUCUGGAAACUGGAUGGAUUCAAGAACAUCCAUCACAUAAUGGUGCAUAAUUUCAACACAUUUGGGCCCAUUUACAGGGAGAAAAUUGGGUACUAUGAAAGUGUGAACAUUAUCAAACCUGAGGAUGCUGCCAUUUUAUUCCAAGCAGAGGGUCACUACCCUAAAAGGCUCAAAGUGGAACCUUGGACCGCUUAUCGGGAUUUUAGGAACCGCAAAUAUGGUGUUCUUCUGAAAGAUGGAGAAGGCUGGCGAUCUAACAGAAUAAUUCUGAACAAGGAGGUAAUCUCGCCAAAGGUACAGGGGAACUUUGUCCCAUUGCUGGAUGAGGUAAGCCAGGACUUUGUGGCUCGAGUUCAUAAAAAGAUUGAAAGAAGUGGACAAAACAAAUGGACUGCAGAUCUGUCCAAGGAACUCUUCAAGUAUGCAUUGGAAUCUGUGAGUGCAGUAUUAUAUGGUGAACGUCUGGGGCUGCUGUUGGACUACAUUGAUCCGGAGGCUCAGCACUUUAUUGACUGCAUCACUGUAAUGUUUAAGACCACCUGUCCCAUGCUGUAUCUCCCCCCUUCCAUGUUACGGCGGCUUGGAUCCAAAGUCUGGAAAGACCAUGUAGAGGCAUGGGAUGGUAUUUUCAACCAUGACCGAUGUAUUCAGAACACCUACAGGCAGCUGAGGAAGGAACCUGGAGCUCAGAACAAAUAUCCUGGAGUGCUGGCCAGCCUUCUCAUGCUUGACCGGCUGUCCAUUGAGGAAAUCAAGGCCAGUGUGGCUGAGCUGAUGGCUGGAGGGGUGGACACGACAUCCUUCACCCUCCUCUGGACUCUCUAUGAAUUGGCACAGCACCCCGACCUCCAAGAAGAGCUGAGGGCAGAGGUCCUUGCAGCUCGCGCUGCCUCACAGGGAGACAUGCUGCAGAUGCUCAAAAUGGUGCCACUGCUCAAAGGUGCUCUGAAAGAGACACUCAGGCUACACCCUGUAGCAGUAAGCCUGCAAAGAUACAUCACUCAAGAUGUUGUGAUCCAAAAUUAUCAUAUUCCAUCAGGGACAUUAGUGCAGCUGGGACUGUAUGCCAUGGGCAGGGACUAUCUCAUCUUCCCCCGACCAGAGCAGUAUCUGCCUUCUCGCUGGCUGAAGAAUGAGAGCCACUACUUCAAGAGUUUGAGCUUUGGCUUUGGGCCUCGUCAAUGCCUUGGGCGCAGAAUUGCAGAGACAGAGAUGCAGCUCUUCCUCAUUCAUAUGUUGGAGAACUUCAAGAUUGAGAAGCAGAGACAGCUAGAAGUGAGAAGCACGUUUGAGCUUAUACUGGUCCCUGAUAAACCCAUUCUGUUAACUAUAAAGCCUUUACACAGCAGUAAAUGACAAACUCCUUCCUGAAGGUAAUCAGUGUAAUGUUUUAAUCGUUAAUUAA